GACUCUGGGUUUUGGUGUCUGCCUCCGAGCGCCUGUGUGUGUGUGUGUGUGUGUGUUUUAGAAGGAGAAAAGAGAUAAAGAGAGAGAGAGUAAGGGAGGGAGAGGCAAGCCGCGUUUUCUUCUCCCCCCUUUAGCCUCCCCGUCUCCCUGCUCCCUGUCACUCCAUCCUUCCUCCCCUCUCCUGGACCACCCUACAAGCCUUGCUUCCAGCCGGACCGGGACACCCCCCCCCUCCCUUACCACCCAGACCACCCCGGGACCCUUUGACUCUCCUCACUUCUCCAUCCCACCAACAAAAAAUCCUCUGAGCAGGAAUUCCUCUCCUCCCCUGGAGCGCUGUCUGUCAACAACUCAACUGCACCAUAUACGCUGAAGUCACUCCCACAGUUUAUUUGAUCUAAGACGCUUCAGCUGGGCGGGCGCAGCAAAGUGCAGACUUCUAGUCUCCCCAUUCUGCAGGAAGGCUGCCAGCCACAGGUCACAUGACCUGGAAGAAAAAACCAGGGAGACUGUUGGGAUCCCUCUUUGCAUGGGCUGCUUAUCAACCUGAAGGGAAGUCCAAAGGCUGAUGAACUGAUCUUUGUGUGAGACCACACUGCUCUGGAGUCCUGGGAAUACAACACCCAGCGCAAAUCUGGUGACUGGCUGGCUGGUAUUCCACCCUACCCCUUCUCCUCUUGAGGACAUCCCAUUCCAGGACAUUGCUUUGGCCUUACUUCCCCCAAACAUGGAGAUGGAACCCACUAAAGUCCCGUCAGAGGGCGGCCUCAAUGUCACCCUCACCAUCCGCCUCCUCAUGCACGGAAAAGAGGUUGGAAGUAUAAUUGGAAAGAAAGGGGAAACAGUAAAAAAGAUGCGUGAAGAGAGUGGAGCGCGAAUCAAUAUUUCCGAGGGCAACUGUCCGGAGAGGAUUGUGACCAUCACUGGACCAACAGACACCAUCUUCAAGGCUUUUGCUAUGAUAGCCUACAAAUUUGAGGAGGACAUCAUCAAUUCCAUGAGCAACAGCCAAGCAACCAGCAAGCCCCCUGUCACCUUAAGGCUCGUCGUGCCAGCCAGCCAGUGUGGCUCACUCAUAGGUAAAGGAGGCUCCAAAAUCAAAGAAAUGAGAGAGUCCACAGGGGCCCAGGUCCAGGUAGCAGGGGACAUGCUGCCCAACUCCACAGAACGUGCAGUGACAAUCUCCGGAACCCCAGAAGCCAUCAUCCAGUGUGUCAAACAAAUAUGUGUGGUCAUGCUUGAGUCUCCACCAAAAGGGGCCACCAUCCCUUAUCGCCCAAAGCCUGCCUCCACCCCGGUCAUUUUUUCUGGUGGCCAGGCCUACACAAUUCAGGGACAGUACGCCAUACCCCAUCCAGAUCAGUUGACCAAGCUCCACCAGUUGGCUAUGCAGCAAACCCCCUUUACCCCUCUCGGACAGACCACCCCUGCUUUCCCUGGUUUGGAUGCCAGUCCACCAGCCAGUACCCAUGAACUCACCAUUCCCAAUGAUCUAAUAGGCUGCAUCAUUGGACGCCAGGGAACCAAAAUAAACGAGAUCCGACAGAUGUCUGGAGCGCAGAUCAAAAUCGCCAACGCAAUGGAGGGCUCAUCAGAGCGCCAGAUCACCAUCACAGGGACCCCUGCAAACAUCAGUCUGGCCCAGUAUCUCAUCAAUGCCAGGUUCAGGGACGUGGCUGCCAUGUGGAAUGACCCCUCAUCCAUGACUACAUCCUGAAGUUACCCCAAAUCUGCUUCUGUUUGCGAAAGCUAACAUUAAAACCGUUGUUUCACAAUUAACCUCUCUGUGUUAUCCCAUUGAACCUCCCCUUUAGACUCCCUUGACUUUGCACAACACUUUAGCAUUAGCCAGUGGCGUUACCUUGAGCAAAAGUCUGACAAACAAUACUGGGAUUAGUUUUUACAUGGUGAAGCCAUUGUAUCAUUUAGAAUAGUUUGGCAUUUUCGUCAAAUUAUCUUAUUAUAAUUGCUCUGAGUUAGAUAAUACGAUUGAUACCACUUUCAUCUCUGUCAGUUAAAUAUGUAGCUAUAUCCAGGAGAAGGUUAUCUUAGCUAACAUGUGAAAAGCUUAUGGUGGGUUCAAUUUGUAUUUGAAAGUCGGAAAUUGGAGUUGUGGAGAACAUCACACACUAUGUUUACUGCGUUUCAAUACAACAGGACAGAAAAAAGUUCUAAGCUAGUUCUAGCCAUUUAAGCUUUAUCGACCAAUACCAGUUGAUUACAAUGCUGUAAUUCCCACUCACACCUUGGCAACAUGUAAAAGUUGUACGGUAUUGUGUGUACGACUGUUUCAAGUGACAGAAAUACCAAUAAAAUGUAAAUAGCUAGAGCUUUCACUUAACAGCCAUCUUGGAAUUUGAUGUCUGGGUGGUGAGAUACUCCCAUAAUUCCUUUCCGCGAAUGCUAAUUGAGUGGGUUUUCCACUUAAUAUUUUUUGAGUAGAAAAACGGGAAAUUUCGUUAUACCAUUACAAACUGAAUGCAUCUAUUUGCUUGGCUAUGCUAUGCUAUGCUAUGCUAUGCUAUGCUAUGCUAUGCUAUGCUAUGCUAUGCUAUGCUAAGCUAACCACCUCCUGGCUUUAACGUGCGACUUUAACAUGAGGGUGGUAUUAACCUUCUAAUUUUGCUGUAAGAAAAGAAAAAAGCAUACUUCAGAAAUGUCAGAUUAUUUCUUUUUGUAUUUAAUUAGCAUGCCUUAUUCCAAGAAUAAUAUUGUCUUUCUGUUUUUCAUUACUCCAUUAGAUACAUUUGCCUAUUUAGUCCCAAUGUGUCAUUGUCUGAAAUAGUAAAAUAUAUAAAAAAUGUAAAAUAAAUAAAAGUUAAAAAAGACAAAACACAAGACUGCCACUCGAGCAAUGCUGUUGAGGGAGGAGUGAUGUGAUGCCUCUGUCAGGGAAUACAAAAAUGUAUACACAUUUCAUAACACCACUGUUAUUUUCCUCACUGCAUGGCUUCAUCAGGGGGAAAGAACUGCAUGGUUAUAUACCAUAUUUUUAGAAGUAAAGGUGUUUUUCGUUGAAGGGUAUGAUAUAAAUAUCGUGUCAAAUCUGUGGAGAAAAACUAAAACCUGCCGUGUCAGCAAACACUGGAGCACAAAACCAGCCAUUGCAGCUUUACCUUCACUUUCAAGGGAAAGUUCUUCUUUCACAGCUGUUUUAUUUUCUCUGUCUGCCUCCCCACCCUCCCCACCCCCUCCUCCCCCGCCUUCCCCCCUAAACUGUUCUAGGCUGACGUCUGAAGUCACUGGAAUGGGCACACUGUAAUUUCUACCCAUCUUCCCUCAGUGCAUCACAUGACCUUUGAGCAAAUGGCAUUGCACCUAUUAUAUAUUUAUUUUUAUGUAUUUGACUGUCCUGAUUUAUUAAGUGACUUUGAUUUCUAGUAGUUACUGUCAACACGCGUAUCCGCACUGUUGCUACGCUUCCUCACACCUGUCCCUGAUUUUUUAUGAAAGGUUGCUUUACUUUUUUGACACUCUAGUACCUUUCACCGCAUCGCAGGCACCGCACCGCUUUAUUUUACCUCAUGUUUCAACUUUUCUUCCACUGCAGGCACCAGUCAAUGCAAAGCAUACCAGUAAAUUGGCACAGCAAUUUAUACCAAGGUUUUCUUUUGUUCAGCAUGCAUUCUUCUAUUUUAUGAUGGAUGGAAUCAGUGCUUUACCAUGUGACUGUAGACAUUUGCCUGCUUUUACUUGCGUGGUGUUGUUAGAUCUAAAUUGUUUUGCAUGACACACAACACAUACUGCAUUUCCAAUUUAUUUCAAACUCAAACCUGCGGAAAGGGAGACUGAAUGCUAAAAGGGAAUGGAGGAACAGAAACUGUCUUUUUAUCUGAAAGUGUCCCUUUGACUCCAAUUUUGAAUGGGUACAGGCCAGUAAACAACCCCCAUAAAGCGCAAAUAUUCAAGUUUCAUGCGAGAAAACGUGGUUGAGGAAAAUGGGAAAUGACUCAAAUGAAGGGUGAAAUCAAUAUGCAUGCUACAAAUAAACGCCACUUUAUUCGCCUAUACUCCACAAACAUAAUAUACCUUUCGUGGGAUCAAAUAUAUGUUGGAGGUUUGGGCCAAAUAGAAAAAGAUUGAGUUUGGUGUAAAUUGCACUCACAUGUCGCUCAUUUAAGGCCCAGCUUGCUAGGCAACAAGCCUUUUCAGUCACGGAAAAUAUAAUAUGUUCCUGGUAAGCAUGUAUAAAUCACUGGAAACAUAUUUGCUACGUAUCCAUAAUGAACCAGUUUUGCAGAAAGAGUCUCUGCACCAUUAAUUAACCCUUGUGCCUCACUAGGGACAUUUUCUGCUUUUAAAUCUUUAGUUUUUGGCUGUGUUAAUGCAUAUGGCUUACAGUUUCUAAGUGCGAGCUUAUCUCCUAUAAAUAGUCCAUAACAAAGCGUGUAGUCAGAACCCAUUUAACAACAUUUUAAAAAUGUUUUUUUGUAUUAUUUUUAACAACAAAUGCGACAUUAUUCAUACAAUCUGGCAUUUAAAGGCGUCUAUUGUAAAACUAUAUAUAUAUAUAUAUAUAUAUAUUAUAUAUAUAUAUAUAUAAAAAGUAUCAAUUAUUACAAGGACAGGAGUAGAAGUGGAUUUCAUUUUUUCAAAUAUGAAAACUUUUGCAAUUUGGCAAGUUGUUUACUCACUAACAUUUUUGUCCUCUGAAAACAUCAGAGCUUUUUUUGUGAGGAACAAGGGUUCAGAUUUUUCUUUAAAUCAGUCUAAAUUAUUACACCAGAAUAUAUUUCAGAAUGAAGCAUAUAGAAACAUAAAUUAGAAGUGCAUAUUUAUCAACCCGUUUGGAUUACUUAUUGAAAUGUAUCAACCAACAUACAUACCGUUUUAUAUAAUAUCAAUAUUUCAGAUAUCUUCAAAUAUAAACCAAAAUCUGUUUGUAUGUUCUGCAAAACUACAACUAGAUGGCCUUAUUUGUAUCUGCAACUGUAAUGAUAAUGUAGGCUAAAAGAUAAGAAAUAAAAAAGACAUGCAGUCUAUCACACACAGGACACUUCAACAACUAGCCUAAUAUAUUAAUCAUCUGAUGACUGCGCGUUAAUGAUUGCAGGCAGCUAUCAACGUUAUCUUGAUAAACUGACACAGCUUACUCCCAGCGCCUGGAAAUGCAUUACUCCAAUGAUAAAUAAUGUUCUGGAAAUACUAUUUAGUCAUUGCAGGUACUGUACAUGGCUCUUUGGUUGAUUUUACAUGACUCAGUAAAAUGUUUUUGUUGUUAAAAAAAUGCUGCUUUACAUGAACACAUUUACAUAUUGCUUCCCAUUUACAUGACGAAUAUAAAUCUGUACGUUAGUGCUCAUUUGGCUGCAUCUGGAUGUGUUUCAGAUGAACAAGCUAAAUGAAGGCUGACAAAAGAGUUAUUGUAAUAAUACCACAGUCUUAAAAUACCCUAUUACAAGUUAAGGAUUUAAAAUAUGACUUAAGUAAAAGUACAAAGUACAAUAGUUGCUUCUAAAAUAUUGAGGAGUAGAAGUAUAAAAGUACCAUAAACUGGAACUACUAAAGUAACGUAAGUACAGUACUUGAGUAAAUGUACUUAGUUACUUUGAUCCACUGGUUUCUAAUAUAAACAACUAUUUGUCAUCUACCAAAUCGAUCAUUAAAGCCGUUUAUUAGCGUAUGGAAAGUACACUUAAAUAGUCUGUAGGUUGAAGGUGGUUGUGUGCCAUCCAAGAUGCAGUCCUGCUGCUUUAUAGUAUGAGCCAUUUGCAAGCAUCUCAGUUGCCUUUUGAUUGUCAUAUCUCUCGUAAUCAUGGCAUCGCUCGUGUGUUUAUCAUUACGGUGUUUAAUUUUGCCUUUUAACUCAUACAUUUACACUUUGUUGUUACUGUGCUAGAGCAGCAAAAAAGUUGAAAGGCUAGCACCAUAAGAUGGUGUUUGAGGAAAUGUGUCUGUUCAUGUUUAAGUUUGAUCAUUUGCUUUAUGAAAAGUCUGUAUUGGAUUUAUUAUUUAUUGAGGUUGAUACUGAAAUGUUUUGUAAAAAGAAGAGAAUAAAGUUUGUGUUUUUUCCCUUGA